GCAGCUGUGACUAUGCGUCAUGACGUCAGCCGCCCUGCUCCUGGCGUGCAGCUUUCAGAAUAAAGCGCCUCUCUGUCAAAUGUUCUGGGUCUCGGGUUCGGACGAACUUCCAGCGGGGUUCUGAGUCCAGCCAGGAGUCGUUUUCAUGCGGUUCUUGUUUCCGAAUCGGGUCGGUUCUGGUUUGAGCUGCGGUCCCAAAAACUGAACUCGGGUUGGAGUAGCAAUACGUGAACAUAUUUUGACCAAAACAAGAGUAAAAGUAUUCGUCCAAUCAGGAUGUCGACAACGUCUCAGAAACACCGCAACUUUGUAUCGGAGCCGAUGGCGGACAAACCGGUCACGGCGCUGGCCGGGAUCGGAGACAGACUGGGCCACAGCCUGAUGGAACAGGGCUACGAUAAGGCCUACGUGGUUCUGGGUCAGUUCCUGCUGCUGAGGAAAGACACGGAGCUGUUCUGCUAUUGGCUGAAGGAUGUCGCUGCAGCCAGUAGCAAGCAGGCUGAAGACUGCGCCCAGUGCCUGAAGGAGUGGUGCGACGCCUUCCUGUGAGGAAGCCACGCCCAUUCCACAGAGGCCCCGCCCCUCCAGUUCCCGCUCUGCGUUGCUGUUCACAGUUGCCAGAUUUUCUCCUCCUUAUUCUGUAAAUGUUUGUCAUUAAAUCUCUUUGCCCAGAU